CAUGAGCGCAUGGCAAGGCAGGGCUGCUCUGACACGGCGUCGGGUCCUCCGUAGUAUGCCCGCAGCGUGGAGAGCUUCGAGCGGUUUGGAUGCGCCUCUGUGACUCUGAGCGCGCAUCAGUUUCUCUCUCGUUCUCCCUUCAGCGCCACAGUUUUUUGGGGGGGAUAAAGAAGCGAUGAGGGGAAUUCGGGAGCGGGCUGAAGGUGCCCACCAAGUCUGACUGUGCUUCGGAGGUGCGGAGUCUGAAGAAAGAUGUAAGAAUCCGCAGGCGAGCCUCACGGACUCCCAGCCAAAAUGCAGAAAGGGAUGAGACUCAAUGAUGGCCACAUCACCUAUUUGGCCCUUUUGGCGAAGAAGGACGGGACGAGGCGAGGCUUCUUGAGUAAGAAAAGCUCAGACAACACAAAAUGGCACUCGAAAUGGUUCGCCCUGUUGCAGAAUAUGAUGUUUUAUUUCGAGAACGAGUCCAGCUCCCGUCCCUCCGGACUGUACCUGUUGGAGGGAUGCGUCUGUGACCGGGCUCCGUCACCGAAACCGUCUCUGUCAGCGAAGGAAUGCUUGGAGAAGCAGUUCUACUUCACCGUCACUUUCAGUCAUGAGAACCAAAAGCCUCUGGAGUUGCGCACAGAAGAUGUCAAAGACUGCGAUGAAUGGGUGGCUGCCAUCACACAAGCCAGUUACAGAAAUCUGGCCACAGAGCAUGAGACCCUCAUGCAGAAGUAUCUUCAUCUGCUCCAGAUAGUGGAAACAGAGAAAACCGUAGCCAAGCAACUUCGACAACAGAUAGAGGACGGGGAAAUAGAGAUAGAAAGGCUCAAAUCUGAGAUUUCUGGGAUUCUGAGGGAAAAUGAGAAGAUCCAGUCAAAUCCAGAGGUGCCCCCCAGUGAGGAUGACACAGAGAUCAAGAAGAUCAAGAAGGUGCAAAGUUUCUUGCGAGGUUGGAUUUGCCGCAGGAAGUGGAAAACCAUCAUCCAGGACUACAUCCGUUCCCCCCACGCCGAAAGCAUGCGGAAGAGAAACCAAGUGGUGUUCAGCAUGCUGGAGGCAGAAGCCGAGUACGUCCAGCAGCUCCACAUCUUAGUCAACAACUUCCUGCGGCCGCUCCGCAUGGCAGCCAGCUCCAAGAAACCCCCCAUUACCCAUGAUGAUGUCAGCAGCAUCUUCCUCAACAGUGAGACCAUCAUGUUCCUCCACCAGAUCUUCUACCAGGGCCUGAAGGCCAGGAUCGCCAGCUGGCCAACACUGGUACUGGCUGACCUGUUUGACAUCCUGCUGCCCAUGCUGAACAUCUAUCAAGAAUUUGUGAGGAACCAUCAGUACAGUUUGCAGAUCCUGGCCCACUGCAAGCAGAACAGAGACUUUGAUAAGCUGCUGAAGCAGUACGAGUCCAAGCCUGACUGUGAGGAAAGGACGCUGGAGACAUUCCUCACUUACCCCAUGUUCCAGAUCCCUCGCUACAUCCUGACAUUGCACGAGUUACUGGCUCAUACUCCUCAUGAGCAUGUGGAAAGAAACAGUUUGGACUAUGCCAAGUCAAAACUGGAAGAAUUGUCAAGAAUCAUGCAUGAUGAGGUGAGUGAAACAGAGAACAUCAGGAAGAACCUGGCCAUCGAGCGCAUGAUUGUGGAGGGUUGUGAAGUGUUGCUUGACACCAGCCAAACAUUUGUGAGACAAGGUUCUCUAAUUCAGGUGCCAAUGAGUGAAAAAGGGAAAAUCACAAGAGGCCGCCUGGGUUCUCUGUCUCUGAAGAAGGAAGGAGAGAGACAGUGCUUCCUUUUCUCCAAACAUCUCAUCAUUUGUACCCGAGGAUCAGGAGGAAAACUUCACAUCACAAAGAAUGGAGUGGUGUCUCUCAUAGACUCUACCUUAAUGGAGGAGCCCGAGGGGACAGACGAUGAGUCCAAAGGGGAGCGAAGCGGCCAGGAUGCAGAACAUCUGGACUUUAAAGUUAUGGUGGAGCCCAAAGAAGGCCAACCUUACACUGUCAUCCUCGUAGCGUCAUCACGACAGGAGAAGUCAGCAUGGACAAGUGAUAUAAGUCAGUGCAUCGACAACAUCCGCUGCAACGGUCUAAUGAUGAAUGCCUUCGAGGAAAACAGUAAAGUCACAGUGCCACAAAUGAUUAAGUCAGAUACCAGCUUGUACUGUGAUGAUGUCGACAUUCGCUUCAGCAAGAUGAUGAACUCAUGCAAGGUACUGCAGAUCCGCUACGCCAGUGUGGAGCGCCUGUUGGAGAGGCUGAUCGACUUACGCUUUCUCUCCAUUGACUUCCUCAAUACCUUCCUUCACUCAUACCGCGUCUUCACCAGUGCAGACAUAGUCCUGGACAAGCUCAUCACCAUCUACAAGAAACCAAUCAGUGCCAUCCCCGCACGCUCGUUGGAGCUCUUCUUUGCCAGCAGCCAGAACAACAAACUCCUUUAUGGUGAGCCACCCACGUCGCCACGUGCCAGCCGCAAGUUCUCCUCGCCGCCUCCUCUUUCCAUCACCAAGAAUUCUUCUCCAAACCGCCGACGCAAACUUUCACUCAACAUCCCCAUCAUCACUGGGGGCAAGGCCCUGGACCUUGCAGCACUCAGCUGCUCUCCCAAUGGCUAUGCAAGCAUGCACACAACCAUGUCACCCUUCAGCAAGACCACGCUUGACAUUAACAAGCUCUACGUGUCCAGUACAAUGGCCAGCAAAAUCCCUGAUGAGGGAGAGUCCAAAUCUGAGGGCAAAGCUGAAGAGUCCGCCCCUGGCAAGCAAGAUCGGUCUGUCAGAGAGGAAUGUGAUGAGGAGCAGAGUCAGAGUGAUGAGGCAGAAUCAGAAAUGUCUCCUCCCAAGUCACCGUCGACACCCAAGAAUGUCAAGUCAAAAAACUCAGAGUUUUCCCUGUUUUCCUUCAACAAUGGCAUGGUGGUGUCAUCUUGCCGGGAGCUUGAGAAUAACCGCAGUGCCCUAUCCGCUGCCUCGGCCUUUGCCAUUGCCACAGCUGGUGCCAAUGAAGGAACGCCGACCAAGGAAAAAUACCGCCGUAUGUCCCUCGCCAGCACAGGUUUUCCUACAGAUCAGAGGAACGGAGACAAAGAGUUUGUUAUUCGCAGAGCCGCUACAAAUAGAGUCCUGAAUGUGCUGCGUCACUGGGUAUCCAAACACUCACAGGACUUUGAGCUGAACACAGAGCUGAAGAUGCGGGUAAUUGGCUUCCUGGAGGAGGUGAUGCAUGACCCAGAGCUCCUGACACAGGAAAGAAAAGCAGCUGCCAACAUCAUCAGGACUCUCACUCAGGAGGAUCCUGGAGACAGCCAGGCCAGCAUUGAGGAGAUCACCCAGAUGGCUAUGGAAGAAAGUAAGACUGAACCAUUUGAGAACCAUUCUGCCUUGGAGAUUGCCGAGCAACUGACAAUGCUGGACCACCUGGUCUUUAAAGUUAUCCCUUAUGAGGAGUUCUUUGGACAAGGCUGGAUGAAGAACGACAAAAAUGAGAGAACACCAUACAUAAUGAAAACAACCAAGCAUUUUAAUGAUAUCAGUAACAGGAUCGCCUCAGAAAUCCUUCACUGGGAUGACGUCAACAUGAGGGUGGGAGUAAUUGAGAAGUGGGUGGCCGUGGCGGACAUUUGCCGCUGCCUUCACAACUACAACGCCGUUUUGGAGAUCACAUCCUCACUCAACCGGAGCUCCAUCUUCCGCCUCAAGCGGACCUGGUUGAAAGUGUCCAAGCAGACGAAAACUGUGAUUGACAAGCUGCAGAAGCUGGUGUCGUCAGAAGGCCGCUUCAAAAACCUAAGGGAGGCUUUGAAAAACUGUGACCCUCCAUGUGUUCCUUACCUGGGAAUGUACCUGACUGACUUGGCCUUCAUUGAAGAGGGAACACCAAACUACACAGAGGACAACCUGGUCAACUUCUCCAAGAUGAGAAUGAUUUCCCACAUCAUCAGAGAGAUCCGACAAUUUCAGCAAACUGCUUACAAGAUAGAUUUUCAGCCUAAGGUGGCAAAAUACCUGCUGGACAACAGCACAGUGAUGGAUGAGGAGAGCCUGUAUGAAGCAUCUCUGAGAAUUGAGCCCAAAACGUCAUCAUGAAGAGAAAUUAUGUUGUGAUCAGACAGAGACUGCAGAGAAGGUUUCAACAUGUACAUUUAUCAUUAUUUGUAUUAGAUACAAUAGGCUGUGCCCUCCUUGUAUUUGCUUCCUAAUGAAUUCUGUGUAUUAUUGUUAUUAGAGAUUGAAUAGAAGCCCACAGAGGUUUUAUUUCUAUAGUUAUAAAGUAUUUAUAUGUUCUAUAUUGUCUUAAAUGCUAAUUUAUGACCUGUUUAUUUUGCACUAGAGAGCAGAUAGAAAGGAGUGUUUACAGACUUGAUAUUUUAGUAUAUCUAAAUGGGCAACUGGAGAGUGACACAUAUUUCUCAUUCAUGAGAAAAUGGCAGUUUGUGGGAAGUCAAGAGUCUGCGGGAAAUAGACUUUCUGAAUGUUCCUGUUACAAAAUUAUUUAACUUGUCAAAAAUCACACAAAUGGGAUUUUCAAGUGAUUACAAAUACAGACUGUACGUGGAUUUUUAAGAUAGCAAUCUACGUUGAACGUGACUCCACGUAUAACAGUCAACAGAGUAGCAAACUUGGAGGUUACUUUCCCAGAACUUAAAGAUUCAUUUUCCAAACUUAAUAAACACUUUGUUUAUUAAGUUUAAUCAAAUGUCAUACUGACUUUCCUAAAAUUGAGCAGGUGUUUUCUAGGAUCUUACUACUUACUAAGCCUGAGCUCAAAUGUCACUUUCUGGAAAAUACGAGAGGCUUUCCUGGAACUUCGAAGUUACUUCCCUGUACUUCUCCUGAAAAUACUAGCUACUUUCUCAGAUCUUUGCAGUUACUGUCAUUCAGCUUCUUAGAAGUUACUUCUCAGAAAUAAGUUUCAUAUAACAUAGUAGUUACAUUCCUGGAACUUACCAGGCACUUUUAAUAGGUUUUUAUGAAACUUUCUGAUUAUUUCUCCAAAGUUACCACAUAUUUUCUGGACGAUAACUCUUUGGUUACCUAGUAGCAACUCACUCACUUUUUGGUUACCUGUGCAGAAGCAGUUUAAGGUUUCAGCAAUGUUUAAAACUGCUUAAAAAUAACAAACAUCAGUGGGGAGUAAAAACUAUGGAUAAAAUACAAAAGAUGAUGCCACCAGUUAGGAAGUAUUUCACAUUCUUAAAAUAUAGUCAGUUAUCAAUAUUGACUGAUGUGAAAUCUCAUAUUAUGAUAAAUUUUUUCGGCCAUAUUGUCCAGCCCUACUUUCUGGACAUAGACAGGACUUUCCAAUUUUUUAAUUUUACCUUCCAGAACAUACUACGUACCUUACUGGAGGUUUUUUGGAACUUACUAAUUACUUUCGUUGAACUUCCAAGGUGCUUUCUUGGAACCUCCUUGGAACUUACUGGAAAAAAAAAACAAAUUCUGGGUACUUUCCAAAAGCUACCAGGUACAUUUUGGGAUUUAAACAGUUUUCUUUCUAAAACUUACAAGAUUUCUUCCAAAUUACUAGAUUCUGCCACUUAUUUUGGUUACUUUACAAAAGUUCUAGAACAUUUCUGGUAAGCUUAGGAAAAUCAUGUUUAGGUACUGGGAAAAGGUUUUCGAGUUCUAGGAAAGUAUGUGAUGUAUUAUGUAGUAUUAAAACUACUAAUGCAUGACUGUUAAUUUAUAUUAAUUUUGAAAUGUUUUAAAGCUGUUGUUUUCAGCUGAUUAGAGGGAAAAGUGGGACUAAGGUAGUGGCGAAAGUUGAAUCACAAUCUGUUUUAUGUAUCCACUGGCCAAUUAACAUGUAAAAAAAAUACUGCAGACAAACAGAAAAUUUCUUUAUAGUUUUGGAUUUUUUUUUUUUAAUGCUUUGCUUACUUUUUUCCCCUGGUGGGCAGCAUCGUAUCUAUACAGUAUAAGCGCCAGGCAAUGUAUGUAGCAUCAAAAUGUAACAGAUUUUGAGCCACUUACAAAAGUUAAAAUUCUCAGCUUCAAUAUUCAGACACAGAAAGUGCAGUCUUUAGGGUAAAAUCCUCUUUUGUUUGUGCAUUAUGAUUUUUCCUUAAUCAUGAAAUGGAUUAUAUUACACAAAAGUAUUUAAACUUCUUUGUUCUACAAUUUGCCAAUAAAAUAAACUGACUGCAUGUAGUAUAAUGUACAGACGGUCUGAUGCGUUUCCUAACAUGCAAUGUGUUCAAAGACACAUCCCAAGAAAUGUGUUAUCCUUAUCAUUGUUAAAAGCUAUAAUUACUCUCCUGUCUACGCCACUUUGAAACAAAUGUUUAAGGCAACAUUAGUGUAUUACAUUCUAUCCCAACGUGUUAGCAGGAGCUACACAGUAGUAUUAUUGUGCUUCUUGAAAUAUUUAUAUGUAUUUUUUACAGGCUUUAUAUAGAGAGCCACCUAAAGCUUAAGUGGCAGGCAUGUACCACUUUUAUGUUUUCAGAUCCAAUCUAUAUAUAUACAGAAUGGUAUGUGUACUGUAUUUAAACCCUACCUUUGCACCCUUCAAUCUGUAUCCUCCAGCAGGAACACCAGAUGUUUGCAGUGAGCAAUACCCAGUGACAUGAGAAUUAUCUUUCAGUCUAUUUCAACAGCUUGAGUAGUAUUUCCAGUUUUGUAUAAAAGUGUACUCUUUCCUGAUUACCUCUUGUUAAUAAAUCUGUUUUUUCUCAGGGGG